AUGAAGUACGGUCUGGCAAUUGAACUCGAUGACUUCACACGGAAGGUUGACAGCCUUUGCCGCGCGCAACUAGGAGGCUCCGAGGAUUUGGAUCCCUGCGCAGUUGUGUCUUGCAUGAACAACGUCAAGGAGUUGCGCUUUCGCACUCGGGAUGGAAAGAAAAGCUUGGCUCUGCAGCUCGAGCCGCAUGUCCUCAAGACAUUUGAGGACUUGGUGAAAGAGGUCAAUUUAAUGAUGGGCACUGCUUGCGCGGUUGCGACGGUGAGCCUGCCGCACUUUUCCCGGGCUGUCGCAGUGUUCCGGCAGGACUAUGCACGACCGGGUGCUCUAGUUGGAAGAAGUUAUGACCUCUCCACGGAGCCUCUAAUCACCUUUGUGGCUCAAGAGUUUCGUUCUGCACAUCUCUAA